AUGAAUAUCUCUCUAAAGCUUCUACACAGCGGGAGAAACAUCCCACACCAGUGGGCCUUCUCUCCCACCAGACAGCACCUCUCCACGGCCUCCAUAGGACCAAGCCACCGGAUGACUACACCCCUACACCAUCACACCAGGGACGUAAAGACACAUCUCCUGAUGACAUCCCCAUCAGACAACCCUACUCCACAGCCUACCUCAUACCACCCUACUCCAGGACCUCCGGGAUACCCAGAAGACCCACCUCAGAUCCUCCACCCAGAUUCCCACCCCCUCUUCUGGCCCCCCUACUCCCCCCUUACAGGACACCACCACCCCACACCACCCCCAAGGCGACCCAGCCGGAAUACAGACACCCCGAAAAACAACCCCUCAUACAGGGACAGACCACCUGAAUACCAGCCCUCUGGCAAUGGGAACAGACACGGCGGGCGGAAACCUAAGAGCUACCCCUAUGCCAGGCACCCCUCUACCCCACCACGUCCAACGGAUACUCCCAAACACCAUACACACAGAGAUGGACAUCACACCCCAAAACCAUACAUUUGGGGUACACGCCUCAAACCCUUCUCCAGACAUUCUACAUCUUGGACCCAACCAGUAGACCAGGUUGAGCCACCCACCCCGACCAACACCUUUACCCACACAGCACCACAGGACCGUAACCCCUACACUCGGCACUACUCCUAUGAGUACUGGUAG